AUGCCUACUGAUCCUUCUUGGGUUUGGAGGAAACUUCUAUCUCUUAGGAAUUUAACUUUCCCUCUUAUCAAAUUCAAAAUUGGUAAUGGGGAAAAUGUGUUUCUUUGGUUUGAUAACUGGCACCCUCUUUGCUCUCUUUGGCAUAGGUAUGGGCAGAGGAUCUUGUAUGAUACUAACUUUCUUGAUAGUUCCAAAGUCAGUUCCAUUAUUUCUAAUGGCUCUUGGAUGUGGCCGAUCCCUAAUACUUGGGAAAUAAAUGAAUGGAUUUCCUCUACUCCUCCUACCCUCAAUCCCUCCAACUCUCUGGAUACUCCCUUCUGGAGCUUGAAUGCUGAUGGUGUGUUCUCUAUUCAUUCUACUUGGGACUAUUGGAGGGCUAAGGGUCCCAAAGUUCGUUGGUCUAAACUGAUCUGGGGACCUCCAUUAAUUCCUAGGGUUAGUUUUGUUGUAUGGUUGGCCAUUAAUGAGAGGCUGAAUACUGGUGAUAGAUUACAAAUGUUUGGUAUUGUUCCUAAUCCUAGUUGCCAUUUCUGUCAAGCUCCUGAGUCGAACCACACCCAUCUCUUUUUUAGGUGUGCGUAUUCUUCUAAGAUUUGGGUUGCUGUCCAGACUAAGUGUAACACUAGUUGUCCUAAUUUGUCUUGGGUGGAGACUGUUGAUUAUGCUACCAAGACACUAAAAGGCAAAACCUUGCAAUCUGUUAAGGAAGCUAUCACAUACUCAUUCUCUCUGUGGGUUCUGUGUGAGGAUGUGAGUAGUGGGUCAAGUGAAUUCCGAUACUCAUCUAUUACUCUAUAUUGGGCAGAUAAUGAGCAAAGACCCAUGAAGUCGUUGAUUUGGAACUUGAUUGCUAUUAUGGGUCUAAUUGAUGGUCAGCUACAGGGGCGGUUCAAGCACCUGAACACUGUGAGUAGUAGUACCGAAAU